AUGCAGGUAGCAACUGGUUUUCUUUUCGACUACAUGUUUUUAAUUUUUGGUGUGUCAUCAAUAAAUUAUAAUCAAGUAAAAAUUCCUGAACGUGAUUUUCAAUAUAUUAUUAAUAAUUUACAAAUUGAAUAUAGGAUGAAUUAUGAAGACGCAAAAAGAUGUGUUUUAGAAUUAGAACAUUUUUAUACUGGCAUUAAAUAUAAAAUUAUUGAUAAUAUAUUAGAGCAUCCAUCGACAGCAAUUAAAAAUGCAUGGGAAUCACAUAUUGUUUAUACAUCAAUGUAUUUUAAUUUUAUCAUCGUUCAAUUUGGACGUACUCUGUUUUCAUUAAUCCCGUUAAACGACCGGCUCGAAACUAUUUUUCUUUCCUAUACAGUUUUAUCAGAUCAAGAAUAA